AUGUUGCCUUACCUUUUCGAGUUGUACCCUUCUGUGAUCUCCAAGUCGCAAGCCGAGUUGAUCCGUGGCUCCAUGGCGGGAGUCAGCGUAUUGACGAUUGACAGCAAGGUAACGUUCCGCUUCAAGCCGUUCCCGUCGUACCUUGGAUGCACGUUCCGCAUGUUUACCGUGGUCGAGUUGGAAGAUCAACAGAUCAUCAAGCACACGGACCACUGGGACUUGAACACAGUGCUCGAGUCCAUCCCGAUCGUGUCGUUUGUGUAUCGCAUAUUCCGCACGGCCUUUGGCAAUGCGUCGUCGCACCUGAUCAACACGUUCAUCCCGCGAACACCUCGCACUCAGUUGAUUCAAGACAGCAGCACCACGUCGCAGCGCGGGUUUGGCGAAGUCGCCGCUGCGACCAAGUAA